AACCUGUGAAUCGUCCCACAACAUGUUGUUCUAUUUCUCCAGUUUGAGUCUCCUAACAGUCGCCUGGAGCUGGGGCUAUGGCGGAUCAGAAUAUUAUACCCCAUACUGUGAUCAUAUUGUGUGUCCGUCGACCCCAAGUAGAGAACGUGUAUGUGCAAAGUCGAUGAUUACAAAUCAGGAAGCCACCUUUGACAAUGCCUGCGAAGUUCAACGUUAUGACUGCUUAUCUGAAGAAUCUUGGCAUAUCAUCAAUAUGGGUACUUGUGACUGCCCAACCGAGUGUCCCCGAAAUUCGAAUCCCGUCUGUGCCGUACUAGGAUCAACUUGGAGAACCUUUAAAAGUGCCUGCGAAUUGCGAAAGCACAUAUGCUCUUCCAAAGAACUCUGGAGACAAGAUAAUGAUGAAAUGUGUGUGCUUUUACCUCACCUUGAGCCUUAUCCUCCUUAUGGUCAACCUCGAUAUGGAGCAUCUGCUUAUGGAGCCCAACCUUAUGGUUCUCCUUUCUAUGGAGUCCCUCCAGCUUAUGGACCACAUGUUUAUAAAUCUCCUGCUUAUGCACCUCAACCGCCAAUAUCGUAUUAUAAUGCUGGUUAUUUGAAUCCCCCACCAAGUCCAUAUCAGAAGUCACAGAUGCUGCCAUACCACAUAUACAUAUCCAGGGAUACUUUGCCCACUGAGCUUAACGGUGCAUCUAACUUGGAAACCACUGAAUCUUCAGUUAGCCCUGAUACCGAAACAACUUCAAGUCCGAUUCCAACAGAAUCUACAACAGAUGAUAAUUCGACAUUAAUAGCUGCAUCCAACAAUGCUCCGAAAAUUCGAAAGACCAGCAAAAGUAGAGAUGGAAUUGAAGCUUCCAUGGGUAAUUCAACAACUGCCUCUAGUGUUACAACAGAAACCCCAAAAACUUCAGAGCAGUUCACGACGCCUGAAACAACAACAAAAGCUCCUUUGAGCUCAACACCGCAACCAAAUCUGAGCUCUUCAACAGAAUCCGAUCUUGAAGCUCAAAGUUUGAACAAAGAUGCCAAUAUGAAUCCUAGUCAAGGUGCUUCAGAUAAUAGCACAUCUACUUCGGUAAAACCAAUCAGUUCUGAGGAGUCAACGACCCCAGAAUCAAGAACAGAAGCGCCUUUGAAUGAGACUUUAAUGACUUUAAAUGAUCCCACAACAAUUCGAACUGAUUCCGCAAUUGUCGAGAAUGCUUCAGAUCUUGAAGCUAAAAGUUUAAAUGAGGAUUCUACGUCAAUUGCCGUUUAUGAAAUUACUGAGAACUCAUUAUCAGGCUUGACGACAGAGUCCACAAAAGGGUCAAAAGAUUCUGCGAUAGCAGAGAAAGAUUCUGAACUUAAAAUUAUAACAGCCAAUGCUGUGGACAAUACCACAUCUUCCUCGGUUCCUCCACAAUCGGGGUCCUCUUUAUAUUCCCAGGAUUCUACAACACCUCCAGCAGUCAAUUCUAGGUUAGCUUCUUCUGGUGUUUCAACUGAAGCAUCAUUAAGUUCCACAUCACAAACUAAACUGAACUCGACGACAGAUUCAACUACGGAAUCAAGGUUAGCAAGUUCAUCUGACCCCGAAACAGCUGAGAAAAAUGUAGAUCUUGAAGUGAAAAGUUUAAAUGAAGACUUUACUACUACUUCUUCAAAGGAUUAUACAUCCUCUACAGCUAUCAACUUCAAAUUGGCUUCCACCAAUUCCUCAACUGAAGUUCCUUUGAAGGAUCCCACAACUGAAGCUCCAUUGAAUAUAAGUUCUCCUGAUUCCUCAGUAGCAGAGAAUGCUUCUAAGCUUCAAGUUCAAAGUCUAGACAAGGAUACUGCAGAUGACCCUGUAGCCCCACAUUCGGAGUCCUCAUACUACCCACAGGAUUAUACAACCGCUUUGUCAGUCAACUCCAAGUUGGUUUCUGCUGAUACUACUACUUCAUCAUACCCACAGGAUUAUACAAACUCUACAAUAAUCAACUCCAAUUCCUCAACUGAAGUUCCUUUAAAGGAUCCCACAACUGAAACUCCAUUGAGUACAACAUCCGUUUCCAAUUCGACGACAGUUACCGCCACAAGUUCCCCUGAUUCCUCAGUAGCAGAGAAUGCUUUUAAGCUUCCAGUUCAAAGUCUAGACAAGGAUACUGCAGAUGAAUUGAAUUCGACAUCACAAAAUACUCUGAGUUCGACGACAGAGCCGACAACAGAUUCAACGUCCAAAUCCUCAAUAAUAUCUUCUGAAUUCUCAAAGGCUGAUAAGCCUUCUGAGCUUGAAGCUAUAAGUUUAAAUAAGGAUUCUACUAAUGUGACUAUUACGACUUCUUCCUCUGUUCGCCCACAAUAUGAUGCGGCAGGAUCGUCAGCAUACGAUCAGGAUUAUACAACCCCUCCAGUUAGCAACUUGUCUUCUGAUGCCCCAACAGAAGCUACUUUAAAGGAUUCUUUAACGCCAACAAUUUCAGUAGCAAAUAAUGAUCCCGAAUUUCGGUCUACGAGUUCCAGAGAGAAUCGACCUUUACGCUUAGAGCCCAAUACAUCUGAUAAUAAUACACCCUCUUCGUCAUCCAUAUCUCAGGAAACAACUCAAGGUUCGAGGGAUCCUUUCACUGAUUCUACGACAAGAGCUCCAUUAGAUACAACGACAGUUUCGGCUAAAAACUCGACACCAGAAUCUCAAGAUAGAGCUAUGGUGAUACCUUCAAAUGAAAAUACAUAUCCAAGCCGAGUUAUUCUGCAACUGUCUGAAGAUGAAAAUGCACAAACAGUUAAGAUCAAUAAUUCAAACAGUAAUUCUGUUUGGAUCUUAUUUCUGCCAUCGUCGAAAGGCAAACCAAUUAAUAUUGUAAAACAGGACUGAUCCAAUAACACCAAUUAUAAUAUGCAUAUUUUCUUUAAAUUACUAACAUAAAUAUUAAACAAAUUAAAAAACUAAAACUACAUUAUUAAA